UCUUGGGGCUGGCCUCAGCAUGGAGCUCCUCCCUGGUGCUGUCUAGUCCUUUUAUAGGUACUCUACAAGUACCAACUCCAUCUGCUGACUAGCGGAAAACAUCCCUACUGCUCUCACUGCCUCCAAGGAGGUCCUUGAGGCCAACAGCCUCUCUCUACUUUGUGGUAGUCACCUUAACAACCCCUCAUCCCCACCAACACCUUCAAAGCUCGAAGCUUCAGUAAGAUCUUCAUUGGCAAGGAUUUUGUGCCAUGUCUGCCUUUGCAGAGCGGGAGCCUGGAUUACCUGACCAAGAGCAAGAGGGUGGUGGGAUGGGGCAGGACGCUGGACAAAUUGUUUUGCAUGUGCUACCAAUCGAAGAGAAUGUUGAUGACAUCGAUGGAACCGCAGCAUUUCUGGUUUCACAGGCAGUAGCGAGAGCCAUUAUGGAAGAAGAGCGUAGGCAGGAAGAGAUAUGGCCUGAUAAUGAGGAAAUCUGGCCUUAUGUUGAUGACAUCUGGCCUGUUGACGAGGAAGCCUGGCCUGAUGUUGAAGAGGACUGGUAUGUAUGGAAUAGUGACCAAGAGAACGAAAGAGUUCAGGAGGAAGCUGAAGAAGACCAGGACUAUAAUAAUGAAGAAGAGGAGGAAGACAAUAACGAUGACGACUAUGAAUAUGAGAAGAAUGGAGAAGAUGAGGAUGAGACUCAGGGGAAGAAGAUCAUCCUGCAUGCUAUUGAGGGCAAAGGAAGCCAUGGAUGAAGAUAGGAUCAAUGAAUCAGUUCUUUGUGGAUUUGAGAUCAUCUAAUAUUCAUUAACACGUGGAAAGUUAUCAUCAGUGGUCCUGUUCUAUUAUUAUUCAUCCAAAUAUAUGCACUUAAAACUUCCAAAAUUGUUUAAAUAUUCUUUAAGUUAAAAAUAAAAAUAAUUU